AUGAAUCUCAAGUUCAGUCAAAUUAAAUAUAUAACGCGUUGGAUAAGUGAAGGAUAUGAUAUUGGCUCAUUUUCAUUACCUCGUUCAUUUUCUAUCGAAAAUUAUCUUCGUUUAUUUCUUGCUUUAUAUGAUAGAUGUAAAUGGUCAUCAAAUAAUACAAUUCGUACUUUUAAAUAUUUAUUAGAAAAUCGACAUCAACAUCAAAAUCUUUUUCCAUUAAAUAAAGAAGAAAAAUGGUUAAUUGAUUUGGCUAUUUCAAAAGAUAUUGAAAAAGAAUUGUUUAUAGAAAAACUCCUAAAAGAAGGAAAUGAAGAUAGUCGUCGAUUAUUUGAAAUGUAUUCUCAAUUAACAACACCACUUUCUCUUCAUUUAAUAUCCCAAUAUGAACGUCAUGGAAUAAUUCAAGAUAAACAACAUUUAUCAUUCUUUCGUUAUCAAUUAAUGACAGAAAAGAUUUUUCCUCUUUUUUUAUCUUUAUUUAAAAAAACAGGUUCAGAUGUUAAUCAACGUCAACUAAAUGAUUCAUUUUUUUUUCAAUGUGCUUUAUCAACUAAUGAACAAAUUAUUAUUAUUGAAUAUUUCUUAAGUCAAUUAUCUUCAUCUAAUAUAAGAUUUACUUUAGAAAUUUUACCAUAUAAUAUUCAUUCAAUUAUAUCUAUUAUUGAUAUUGUUAUUUACCAUUUACAACAAUCAACAAAUACUUUACAAAUUAUUAUUUCUUAUGGAAUAUAUUUACUUCAAUCGACUGAACAUCAUCCAAAUAAACAACAAAGAGAAAUCAUUCAACGAUUUGCUACGAAUAUAAUCAAACAAUGUUAUGGAAAGAGUAAUAGUCUUACUAUUCAUACAUCAUCCAUAGGUGAAUCUUAUCCUGAAACACGUCUUAUAUUUGCAUAUAUUCUUAUAUCAGAUCUAUAUCCAAAAUUAGUUUCAAAAUCAAUAUUAGAUGAAUUAAAUAAUUCAUUAAAUUCACCCAUUGUCAAAGCUUGGCGUUUACCACAAAUUGAUUCAUUUAUUAAUUCGUUUUUUACUAAAUCUCUUUGUUCAUCAACAAAACUUCAAUCAUCAUUUAAAAGCAAUAUACAUUCUUCAAUCAUAUCAUUUUAUUUAAAACAAAAAUCAACUCGAUUCGAACGAGUUAAUCAAUUAAUUAAUAAUAUUCAUCGAAUUUUUUUUAUUGAUCAAUAUAUUCAACGAAUUGUUUUACGUUCUCAACAAUAUCGACAAUUCAUUGAUCAUUUAAUUCAAGAUAAAUCUCUUACUGUUGACAAAUUAUCAAAUGAAGAAUGUAAACUUGCAGUAGCAUUAACCCCUGAAGCAAAAAAUCUCAAACAAUUUGGAUUAAAUAAUAUGUCCGAUUUCAGGACAUCAGUAAAUAACCAUUUUAUUGAAAUAAAUGAACAAUCAUAA